AUCUCCUGCUCAGAGGAUCAUAUCCAACUUCUCCUUGGACCCUGAACGUCUACAGAGUCGACAUGUUUGCACUGCUGGCCCUGUGUCUCCUGUGCUCGACCGCCUGGGCUGAGUACCAGUCGGAUCGGUACUCUUUCUCUGUACCCGUGGGCAGCGGCACCGGAAGCCAGUAUGCCACGUCUGGAUACGGCCCCAUCACCGGUGUCAGAAUGUGGGAGCGGAACAACAACAUAGUCACCGGAUUUCAGCUGAAGUAUGGCUUCGCCUGGACUCCUAGGGUUGGCCGCAACACAUCUGACGGUGUGGAGAUGUCCCUCUUCGAGGGCGAGGCCAUCGUCCAGGUGUCAGGGAAGUACAACCCCAGCAACUUCAUCUACCAGCUGCAGUUUGUGACCAACAGAGGUCGUUUCCUGUCCGCGGGUCAACCUCUGGGCCUGUCCUUCACUCACCUCCCCACCAACAGCGAGAGCGAGUUGAGGAUCCUCAGCGGCCGCUUCACCAGUGCGGGCAUCACCUCCCUGGGUGCCCACUUUGCCAGCGUGGACGAGACGUAUGGCGCAGGAAACACCACUGGCAUGAUGCAUCUGAACUAGGUGCCACCCUUGAUUCUCAUAUCAAGCCCUCGUAUGAGUCCUUAUGUACUCAUAGAUAUACAUUCUGAUGCAAUAUCUUUAAUUUAAUAACUUUAUCCUGUAAAAUCGGUCAAGAUCAGUCAUCUCUUAUAUCAAGGUCUCAUACAUACUAAUAAAUGUCUUACAUUCUGAUGCAAUAUCUUUAACUUAGUCCUUUAACAUCUGUCAAGAUCAGUAUUUUGUAUUUUUGAGUUAACAUUUUCUCAUAUUGGGUUCAUAUAAUGCCCAAGCUGGUUGUGGUUUGGCGCAUGAAAAGUGCUAUGAAUCAAUAGUUUACUUGAGAAACUUGAUUAUGCGAGUGUCCGUCAUAAAAUGCUGUGCAUUCACCUCAGAGGGCUUAAAGACAGAUCUAGACAGUGAUGCAAUUUCCCGUGCUUUUAAUCUCACCAAAUAUGUAUUAAAUUAUGACUGAUUGAAAGACAUUAAACUUGCAUUAAAAAGCAAAGUCUGUGAUGACCUAUGAUGACACACCAUAUUAAAUGUUUAAUUUAAUACCUUUAUUUUAAGAUUCACAUGAGGGAGAAUCAGCGUUUUUAAUUAUGAAAAG